GUAGUAUUCGUAUUAUAAUUGCACCAGUACUGAGUAUGCUUUCAGACUUUGUCAAGAGUUAACUGAAUCAAGGCCUGCUCUGAGACUCUAAGUAGAACAUGUGGUCCAGCCACAUGACAGCAUGCAACAAAAGAAUGCAAUGAACUAACUCAAUCAUGAAAAAUAGUGCUUGACAAGGAAUCAAGUCUUGCCCAGUUGACACAUUUGAUUUAAAGUGGCUUUAACAGCAGGUAAGUAUAGUGUGUCCAUACUCCAUAUUAUAAUGUCACCGUAGGAACACUGAUGACGUAAUUAAUCUACUCUGGCGGAAUUCCUUCUCCCUCCGAUAUCCCAGAAUUCACAGCGUGACCUGCAGUAUUGACAAAGAAAAGAACGACAGAAAACAGGGUGGGCUCUGCAAAACAAUACCCCCACAAUUUGACGACAAUAAGGACAAUGACCCAACACACCUCCAGGCUGUGUAAGGGCUAUUUGACCAAGAAGGAGAGUGAUGGAGUGCUGCAUCAGAUGACCUGGCCUCCACAAUCACCCGACCUCAAACCAGUUGAGAUGGUUUGGGAUGACUUGGACCACAGAGUGAAGGAAAAGCAGCCAACAAGUGCUCAGCAUAUGUGGGAACUCCUUCAAGACUGUUGGAAAAGCAUUCCACAUGAAGCUGGUUGAUAGAAUGCCAAGAGUGUGCAAAGCUGUCAUCAAGGCAAAGGGUGGCUACUUUGAAGGGGUGCAGCAUUACGUUAUCCUGCUAAGAAGCUGAGGGUGAGUGGGAAGGGCCAUCUGCACGUGAGGGGAGGUUACAAACCUGCAGAGCUUCCAGAGAGAGGGCCCUGACAGACACCUCUUCAGAGCUUCCAGAGAGAGGGCCCUGCCAGACACCUCUUCAGAGCUUUCAGAGAGAGGGCCCUGCCAGACACCUCUUCAGAGCUUCCAGAGAGAGGGCCCUGCCAGACACACCUGCAGAGCUUCCAGAGAGAGGGCCCUGCCAGACACACCUGCAGAGCUUCCAGAGAGAGGGCCCUGCCAGACACCUCUUCAGAGCUUCCAGAGAGAGGGCCCUGCCAGACACACCUGCAGAGCUUCCAGAGAGAGGGCCCUGCCAGACACAUAGGACGAGAGAAAGGGACUGGGGAGUGAGCUCAGCUGGAGCCAAUGCAGCAGCAGAGUGGACAGCCUGAGCUAGUGGAAGGAAGCCUUCCCGUGUUCGUGUUCCCCACAGAGCUUGUCUUCUACGCGGACGAGCAGACCUCCCACAAGCAGGUUCUCACCCUCUACAACCCCUAUGAGUUCGCCCUCAAGUUCAAAGUGCUAUGCACAGCGCCCAACAAGUAUACCGUGGUGGAUGCCACCGGAGCCGUCAAACCACAGUGCUGUGUUGACAUAGUGAUUCGACACAAAGAUGUGCGGGCCUGUCACUAUGGGGUGUCUGAUAAGUUCCGGCUGCAGGUGUCUGAGCAGAGCCAGAGGAAGGCCCUGGGCCGGAAGGAAGUGACGGCCACUCUGAGGCCCUCGGCUGCCCAGGAGCCCCCCAGCCCCCGGCCCCAGGAGGAGGAGCGACAGAUGAGGGAACAGCUAGCAGACAGCGUCUUCUUUGAGCAGACCACCUUCCAGACAGAGAGCCGCUCUCAGUCUGGGGGCCCAAGCCUGCUGACGGUGCUGUUGGGGUUGGUGUGUAUGGCUGCCCUCAUGUUGCCCACCCUGGGGGAGCAAGAAUCCACCGUGCCUGUCUACCUCCACUUAAGUGUUACCAAGAAACUUGUAGCUGCUUACGUUCUAGGUCUUCUUACAAUGGUUAUCCUGCGUACAUGAAGUGCUAUGGGGGCUGGAAAGAGAGAACGAGGAGAAGAGGAUACAAAAGAGAAGAGAACAUUCACUCACCCAAGGCAACUACAUGCUUGAAAGGGUAGUGUUGAGGGGGAGGGGGUAUCCGGUCAAUUCCCCCCUCUGUCCCAAAAACAUACAUCUAAUUUUUUUGAAAUAAAAACAUAAUACUGACUGAAACAAAGCAAGAGACCUCUGAUGCAGCGGGCACAGAAAUAACAUUCUGGAAGGAGGGCAUUGUGUGGGUCUGCGGCUGUUGUAGGAAGGGUUUGUAUAAAAACAUGUGGGUCAUUAAAUUGUGUUUGACUUCAUAUCCUGUGUCUGUGUGGAGUUCCAUGGCCAUUAAGUAACAGACAAUGGUGAAGUUGUUAAGUUAGCGAUUUGCUGUUACACAUUAGGGCAAUUUAAAGUUGUGAUUUCAUGUACAUAAAAGUGCAAUAUGUAGAAAUCGCUCUGCCAUUUCCUGGUUGCUGAAAUUCAAAUAGUUUACCUAAUUUGUUUGUGACAUAACAAGCCAUGUUUAGUGUAGAGAAUCAUUUUUCCAUCAAAACAGCUGUGAAAUAUAUUUUCAGUAACCCAAAAUAUUGUUUCAGCUGUUUGAAGCUGGUGUACAAAACCUAAAUUAAGACAAACUUACUGGGAAGCAUAGAAAGUGCACAUAGAACAGAUCUACCGCUUCAGACUUUCAGUGAGUGACAGCUAUAACUCACAUUUCAAUGUGCAUUUAGUCAGGUCAUCGAAAAAGUUACAUAUUGCAGCUUUGUCAUUAAAAAAACGUAUGGUCUUCACCUGUAACCACAUCUUAAUAUUGUCUGCUUAGAAUAAAACAACGUACUCUUUUGUAGCUAGUAUUGACUGAAUCUGACUAAAUGCAGUUACAUGCACGUGUGGAUACUUAUCUGAAUGGAAGUGUUACUUUUCCAGACGCAAUAUACAAAACAAAAAGGUUUAAAAUGUGACCAAAGGAAAUGUCCUCUUCCUAUGAAAGACAUCCGUUUACUUGCUGUACAAUGUCAAUGUUAUUCUAUCAAAUGCCUAAUAAAAAGUCUUGAAUCAGCACAAGAUAGUAAGGCGAUCUCUUUAUACUAGUCUGAUUAGUUCACCUACUCAGCACUAGUGAGCCAGUGAUGAGGGGUCCACAAGUGACUGGAAGCUUGGGACAUGGCUACAAGGCCAAACACAUGAAGAAAUGGGCAGCAACUCCCUCCUGCAUAGACUUCCACCUUACGUCAUUGUUAACUUGCAGAUACAUUAUUUUUUUCCGCACCUUACUCUGAAAUUUGAUGAAUCUUUGCCUCUAGGGCAGGGAGCAUCAACUUGAUUCAGCUGCGGGCAAAUUUUUUUCUUGAGCAGAUGGCCGGAACAUAAAUUGCAGAUUGACCGCAAGAAGCCCAAACAGAUGUUUGACUUAAACAAUUUCAAACCUUGCUUACACAUUUGUAUAAGAUCACAUUUAUCUGAAUCUUUGUUGCUCAACUUAAACCAAAUAAAGCCUUUUCACUGAA